CAAACUAAAGUUAAAUUUACAGCCAUUCGCCAUAGUCUCCAUCAGAGGCAUAAAAUACCAAUGGCUUUGCAAAACUUGAAUGAGGUGUCCAAGGUCUUAUCCAAAACCAAGUCAUUAAGCUGCAAGAAAAAAUAAAAACUAAAUCCUUGAACAUACUCAGACUAUAAAAAAGAAAAGCUCGUUGCUCUGAACCUGACCGCGCAAACAGAUCGUGAAUCAGACUUAUUGGGCCCAAGAUGCGGCUAACGAAUCACGCCAAGGCGACGGCCGUCUCCAUCUCUCUCUCGUUCGUCCGCUCCUCCUGCUCUGUUCGCCGAUCGGAGACGCCGUCGAGGAUCGCCAAUCGCCGCCGUUCAUCUCUCUCUCUCUCUCUGUUGCUGUUCGUCUGGUCACUGAAACAAGGACGCUGUCCGCUCGUCUCCGUCGAUCAGGGUCGUAGCGCCGCCGUGACUCGCCGUCCACACCAGCGGUUCCAACUGACGUCCCUGUCCCGUCCCUCCAUCGCGCAUAGCAGGCCCGCGAAACAAGGGGAAAAUUGCAGCGGCCUGAUUCUUUUGAUUCAAGGUUAAUUCGUCGAUUUUCGAGGGGUUGAACACCGCCGGAUUUCAAGGAGACGCCGGCGGCGGAUGUCGGCAGUCCGGUCAAGGCUCCGACAGUGGCUUAGGUUGGUUGUGUGGGAUCCAACUGGGUCCAAUUAGUUCCCAUUGGAUUCAAUUUGGGUCUAAUUGGGUUCAAUCGGGUCCGUUCGGGUGCAAUUGGGUGUAAUCGGGACUGUUUGGACUCAAAUGGAUGCAAUUGGGGCUGUUUGGGAUUGUUCGGGUUGCUGUGAAUCACCCAAUAUGGCUGUUUGGUCGGACUACGGGCUCGGGCAGCUGGGUCGGCUACUGGCGGUGGUGCCGGGGUUCGUUUGGUGACAAUGGGACUGCUCCGGCGGGGGCAGCGGGCUUGAGGAUCGAUUCUUUGGGCUCGAUUCCGCGCAUGUAAGUUGGGUUAAUUGUAAUUUGGGUUUGUUAAUUAUGCAUGACGGUAGUCGUGGGUCUUCGACCCGGAUAUUUCGCUACGUGAUUUGUUGUGAAUUGUAAAUUGAGAUUUUAAUUAAACUGAUCUUAUUGGUGAAUAUUUUGGAUUACGAAUAAUAUAUAAGAAAUAGGCGACCUAGUAUAAUUAGGUGGACUUUAAUUGGAUUGACUGAUUGAAUCACCAAUAGGAUGUGGUUAGGAAAUUGGCCAUUGCGGGGCGUCGUCGCACCCCCGGUGGUCUUGGGUUAAAAAUGUACGUACGAAAGUCCGCGACCUGUCCUGGCAUCGUAGGGACAGGGGCUUCAACCCGCCCAAAGUGAAUCUCCUUUGGGUUUCUGAGCUGGCCCUUUUAUAGCAUCGCUUGAGGUGCCAUGACUCAAAGCUAGUUGAUAUGAAAUAAAAUAAUGAUAUGAUGUUCAAAUGGAAGGUGCUAAUAUAAAUAUAUUUAUUUAAGCUGUUUUUCUCCGUGACCACAUGUUGUUGUUUAAUUGUAUGUUAACGUGGUGUUAUUCUGUGAAUUAAUGCUGGUUUAGGUAUAUUUUCACUCAGCAUUUCGCUGAGCGUGUAGUCGUUGUUGUUUGACUGCACGCAGGUAGAAACACGGGUUUGGAUGGGCAACCCGGAGGGCAGUGAAGUGGUGAUGUGGCGUGGAUGGCUCCCAUUUUCUUUUAAUAAUUGAACAAUAUUUUAUUUGAUUAAACAGACUGUUAGAUA